CAUUGCAGAUAAAGAUCGAUCCAGAUUUUACUUUGAAAAUCAGGGCCGGAAAUACAAAGCUUGUACUUUAAAUGAAUGAAAGGCGUCAGUGCUGAUAGAUGAGUAACUUGUGCCGAGACACUAAUAUGUCCAGGAAAAGUAGUUCGAUGAUCACAGCUCUGUCACCGCUAUAACUAUCCUGAGCCCGCCGCCACAGUCCAAAAGCUUGUUCUGCUCACCAGAUUCCAGAUCUCCAGAUUAUGGACACAUAAUCAGGGUCCUUGGUCAGCAGUCUUUCAGUAGACAGCGGCUAAAAGUUAUCGAUAUGGCCUUGUGGAUUAUUCAGAUGAAUGUGAUGGUACUAUUGGUAUUCAUCAGUAGCAGCCAGGCGAGGAGGGACAAGGUGCUCUACUGUUCUGCAUGCAAGGCGAUUGUGGAUGAACUGAAGUACUCAGUCAGUCGUGUAGACCCAAAGAAAACCAUCAAUGUUGGCAGCUUCAGACUCAGUCCUGAUGGAACCAUAAAAGACAAAAAGGUACCUCUCGCUCGCUCAGAGACUCACCUCAGCGAGCUUCUCGAUGGGGUGUGCAACAGCAUGAGCGAUUACGCCCUUCACAUGGACCCCAACACCAAGGUGAAACAGUACAUGAGGUUUGCUCCCAGGAGCAGUGAGGCCAGUGGAGACUUCCCAGACUUUAACAACUUCCAGUUUGAUGGACCCGAGGCACACAAUGGCCUGAAAUUUGCAUGUGAAAGCGUCGUCGAAGAGCUGGAGGAUGAUAUCAUCUCUCUGUUCAGUCAGGGCGUAGAGCAUGUGCACGAGGAGUUAUGCAACAGAAUCUCAGACUACUGUAAAGAGAGCAGCCACACAAAUGAGGAGUUAUAGUAUUUUGUAUUCUUAGUGGACAAUGGUGAAACCAGUGUUGAGGCCUUAACAUUUUUAUUUUGACAAAUAAUCAACAAACUUUUAAAAUAAAUAAAAGAGAAAAUCUUGAAACCA